AUGCAAAAACGCACGGACUGGUAUGUCUCUGUCUACCUGAACCCCCCAGGGUCGACGGUGAUGAUUGAUGAGUUGGCAAUCCCAAUUCUGCAUGUCUGCAUGAUGUCGCUUGUACGGAGGGCGGCCGAAAAGCGUCAGCAAGAACCAGGCAAUGGUGGAUGCGCAGGUGGAGUGCGCGUCUUAGAUCUUGCAGCUACGCGUCACCCCUGUCUAUCCGCUUGUGCGCGAAGUUCGGCAGCGGACCUCAAGGGUCUCCAGGGUCGCCAGGGUCUCUGUGAAGUUAACAACCACAAGAAAGGGGAAAAAAAAGUAAACACAAACGCACAUAAAAUUUUAAAACCCCGUUUCAUCACGAAACGGCGGCUCUUCUCGCGGCUCAACCAACAUAUCCAAUGCCAGCUCAGCCGUUUUGGCGUACAGAAAGCCUACUUUCAUCCACCUCUUCCUUUAGGGACCUUCUCCGAUGGAAACACAGCCUUCACAAUGAGAUCAUGGCUAGUUGGCCCACACUACAGGGACGCGAGCAGGGAUCCCAUGCCCGGAAUGGAAUGGCCCGCAUUUAUCUCCCGCAACAAUAUCAAUCUUGCUCACAGGUCGAUACGCACAGGAUCUAGGCAAGACAUUGAGGGUUGUGUAGUUCUCUUGACGCAGCCCAUCUAUCAAUAUGCAACAGGGGCUGAUCCCUCCACGUCAAUGUUGAACGUCCCUGCUUCCGCGCAGGAACUAGGUAUGUACUCUAUCAAAGAUUUUGGAGCGCGAAGCGCGAGGCGGCUCAAUUCUGAGCUGCUUCCGGGAAUAGCAACAUGCAGUACUCUACCAGAGACAAGUCAAUACUCGCGAAGCAGGCUAUUCUACACUAGCUAUAUGACCAAGAGUGCAGUCAUUGUGCUAGGGCACUUUGCAUCAAUUCAUCAACCUCAUAUUAAAACGAACAACUCAUCACUUUCCCAGACACCCUAUUCGAGACUUGAACCCUCCUCCUCUCCAUACUCCAUCCUCCGGCAGGCGGGGCAGAAAACCAGGAAAUCAGACGAACCAACGUCCGGAUGA